AUGCCUAUGCCCUAUGGUAGAGAAUUGCACGAGAUUGGAGGGAGAAGAAGGGGUUCCUGGAUAUGUUCGCCCCCGGUCUCUGGCUUUAUGUUUCCUCGGGAUGAUGGGGAACGAUCAUGGAUCAAGGAAAGGCUGGCUCUCACGCACCCUGCUUCUUUUAGCUAUGUCUAUCGCUUGGAGGCGAGUAAUGUGGGGCUCGAUGGAUCUGUGAACUCGCUGCAACUCGUACAUUAUGGGGAAGAAUCUACUCUUGUGGACUGGUCAUUUGAACUUGAUCCCGUACAAGGGGCGCAAGAGGAAACCAUCAUCGAUUACCUGGCCUUUCUCUACAAGUCUUGCAUUUACAGGAUUGAGGGGGCCAUCGAUCGUGCCAGCAAGAAAGAGCAAGAGCCAUGGACAUAA